AUGCACCCAGAGACUCUCACUCCUGUUACUACUGCUCCAGUCUCUAAGCGCCUCACCUCCGCAGAUGGAACGGCUGUAUACGCCGAAGCGAUCGGCAACCCUGCAAACCCGCACCUCGUCUUUAUGCAUGGGUUUUCGCUCUCUACCGUGAUCUGGGACUGCAUCUUCCAUGAGUCUCGCUACAUGGAUCAGUUCUACCUUGUUCGCUAUGACAUGCGCGGACAUGGACGUUCGGGCAAACCCAAGACUGCCGAAGAGUACGCUUCGGAGAGGUUCGCACAAGACUUCGUUGCCGUUGUGGAGGCUUUCAACCUUGAACGGCCGGUUCUUGUGGGUUGGAGCAUGGGUGCUACAAUCAUCACCGACAUCGCCGCUCAUCUACCACCGAAGACGCUCUCCGCGGCGGUGUGCAUCGCUUCACUCCCUUAUCUAGGUGACGCCGCACACCACAUCAUGACCAACUACAUCCAAAACCUUGCGAUCAGCUGCUUGCGCAACGACGAUGUCGGUCUUUUCGCAGCAACGAAGGCAGUCUUCGUCGACGGACUCUUCAGCCAUCCCAAACAAAUCUCGCACGAGUUGAAAUGCCUCUGGCUGGGCGCAUCGCUCGCCGCGACACCCGCCGACAUGGCUCUCUGCCUCAGUCGUACUCAAGACCCUGAGCCUCUGUACAUGAUGGCGCGCGAGGGUACUCUUCCGCUUCUGGUGCUUCAGGGCAGCGAAGAUAAGCACAUCAACGCCGAGAAGCUGAUAACAGAAGCUAGUUCGCUUUGGAGGGAUGCUGAGGUGAUAGUCUUCGAAUAUCAGGGACAUGCGCUGUUUUAUGAGGACACCGAGGGCGUCAUGAAGAGCAUAGCGAACUUUGCGAAGAGAGUACAGACGUAG